UCCGCGGGGAGCGAGCGGCGGCGGGCGGGGGCUGAAGCAGCGGCGGACGGCGGGAGCUGAAGUGGCGGCGGCGGAGGUAGGCUGGAGUCCAUGUCGUGCCGCUGCCACCACCACCCGCACCACCCGACGGCCGACAUCGAGAUGUCGUCGGCGGCCGAGCUCCCCUCAGAACCCGAGAGAUUCUGCGGGUGUCGCGGCGGCUGGCGGAGACUGCGGCGAGCGGCUGCGGCUGCACGGAGUCCCGAGCGGCGGAGGCGCAGGUGUGGAGCGGCGGCCUACGAGCAGCGCAACGGAGACGCGGGUGUGGCGGUGGCGACCUGCAGGUCGAGCAGGGCGCGGCCGAGCUCGCCGUACCCCGCCGCGUGUGCCUCCCGCCGCCGCCGCUGUGGUCUCCUCCAUCUUCACCGUGGUGGAGCUCAGCCCGGGCGCCGCCGCCGCCCGCAGGCGAUCAGCUACACCGUCCGCUCCGGCCGCCUCGACGCGCUCGCGCUGCUCCUCCUUCUCGCAGCGGAUAUACCCCAUGGUGAACGAAGACGCGCAGUAUGGCGACGAGCUCCGGGCCGUGUGCCCGCCGGACGCGGAGGAGACGGCGUGGGUGCACCUAGACCACGGCACGCCGGGGGAGCUCGACAGCCAGUGCUACGUACAGGAACGUGCUCGCCGGGAAGGUGGUGGCUAUUCAACUCGGAUCACUGGACGCUGAUCAGCGAAGCGGCGACGAGGCAGAUGGUCGAGGACAACGCGGUGAACCUGUCAGCCCUUUGCUUGUUGGCUUGCCGCUUGAUCAACCAGCAGGAGAAUGCUCGACGCAGAUGCCUCCCAACUCGCGUGUGGUCGCGUCGUUGUCGGCCGGCUCAGCACGCCGACCGCGUCCAUCGGCGGCGGCGGCGCCUCCCCCGCUCGCGCCGCUCCUCCCGCCUUCAACGCAGCCGCCGUCGCAGGUGCAGGAGAAGCCACCGCCGGAUGCCGCCAUCUUCGAGGGGAUGCCGACGCGAGUCGCGGUGGCGAGACGCAAGCGGCCCUUACGCGUUCGUGGGCGCGGCGGGAGAACGGCGGAGGCGGGUGCGUCGUGGCCGGCAGAGAGGGCGUGGAGCAUAGUGGUGGAUAGUACAGUCACGGGGCUGAGGGUGGCGAGGACGCGGCCAUUCUCGUGGCCCGUUUUCUUCCUUCCGACGGCCAACCUUCCACGGCAGUCUCGAUCUCCGCCGCCGCCGCUCCGGCCCUCGCCCGCACGCCGCUGUCGCCGCUCCAGUGCCACUCCCAGGUCUCCGCCGCCGCUGGCCACCGUCCCACACUCGCGGAGAGAAAGAGAGAGGGGAGGAUAUGAUUUAUGUGGGCCCCACAUGUCAGUGGGUCCCACCUAUACUUUUGGUGAAUGACAAAUGGGUCCCACGUA